AUGUGCACGUUUCUCUUCCCUUUACGGCCGUGCGUCUGCCUAUUUAUUCAGGGUCAAAAGAAGAAGAAGAAACAUGUCCGGGAUGAAGCACGGUUCCACGCCUACGAUAAUGUUUUGUCACGCUUUCUUGAGGUUGGGAAGAAGAAAUCUGACGCUGCACGAUCAAAUGGCUCUAGCUUGGCUCCUGUGGAAUGUGACAGUGCCGUAUCUGCGCCAGUGGCAGCCCGGAAGACAAGACUGAAGAAGCGGCCCGUAGCGAACCAUGACACCGACAGUGGCACUGAUGAAAGCGUGGUGUUAGCAUCACAGGUAAAAGAAGCAGAGAAAGAGGCACAGAGGCUAAAACGGGACCUGCAAACAGAGCGCGAAAAGAAUUCUGAGCUUCUGGGGCACGUGAGGUUCCUUGAAUCCAAGCUUGAAGACAAACUCGCAGAAAUGCACAGCAUGCUGACAACUGUGGCGUCAAAGCUCACCAUGCGCCCAGGCAAUUCAGAACAAUCGGGGUCGUCUCAAGCCACUGAUAUGAAUGAUUCUGUGCUAUUUGGAGCUUCGGAUGAAGAGGCAAAAGAGUCAAGUGAAGUGCAUGAUACCUAUACUUGGACAGAACCACCGGGACAUCCUUUUGGUGAAACCCCUUCCCAGCUGUCUUCGUCAGAACGAUUACGCCACGACAGACACAUAGAUACCGCACUGAUGUCGCCACCAAGCCAGGCGUGCCAAGUCAUUACCACUGUAUCUGCAGCACCUUCGCCUGAGUCUAUUGGCACAUUCGACAUAAAUUUGAGCCACCUGAAGCCCCUGACAAAAUUGGAUGAUGGGAGGUUUCACAUCAGGAACGGCUUUGUGCUCACGGAAUCCCAAGCUACAAAGAUCUUUAAGAAUAAGAGGCCUACGUUGGUGAUGAAGGACAUGGCACAAGCCAUCUGGGGAAAUGAGGUCCUUGCUGCACGCACUUACAGUGGCAGAACUGCACCGAAAGACAGUCGUGACACUGACAUACAGGCCAGAAAGGAACUGACACCAACCAAAGUGGCCCUUGUUAUUGAUGCAGUGACAUACUGGGGAAGCCAGAAUGCCGUUGAUGUUACUUCAUACAUAGAGAAGAGAGGGGUGAUUCUUUCGGAGAAAAUUCAAGACUUAAGAAAGUCAACCAAGCGUCGCCUUCCUCUCUGCAGUUCGUGAGUGAUGCACUGUAAAUGCCUGUACACGCAUUGGAUGCACACCUAGUUGGCCCACCUGAAAACAUGCAAGCUUAAUGCUGAAAGGUGCUAAAUGCUUUGUUUUGGUAAGGGGCAAAACUGGAACAAUUGGGAGCAAACAUAUGGAUGCAGCCUGCACGAGGGAGAAUAUUGUGGCAUUACUCCCGGCCAUUGUUUGCUUACAAGUGUGUGUCUUGACCGUAGACCAGCUGAGAAAUUUGGAAAGUGGGUUGCUUGUGGAGGCUUCUGACCACAAUUAUUUAUGACACGUGUUAUGAAGGUCUUAAUUUAUAUCAAGCAUCAUUUCAUGGCCCAUUUAGAUGGAAGCUAAGUGAUUAGGCUUGAAGGAAUUAUUUGAUUAUUACAGGGUUAAUUUAGCAAAGUUACACAUUUUGAUC